CAGUGGGCGUGGCGGCUCCGGGUGCGUGUGCCCUGUGCAGUGAGUGCGGUGUGAGAGCUGUAGCGGGCGGACCGGGCUGGCAGUGCCUGGCUGGCUGCGUCACACGAAAAUGCACUCGGAUGCUGUCAAUUUUCAGCUGAACUCCCAUCUAUCAACACUGGCAAACAUUCACAAGAUAUAUCACACACUCAACAGGCUGAACCUGACAGAAGACGUGGGUCAAGACGAGCACCAGACAGGAAACCUGCGUUCGUGCAGUUCAUCUGACUGCUUUAAUAAAACAAUGCCACCAAGGAAAAAGAGGAGACCUGCUUCAAGUGAUGAUCUGUUAGCUAAGAAAAGUCGACAUGAUGGAAUGUAUAAGAAAUACGACUCUUCCAGAAUAAAAGCAGAGGAUGAAGCUUUUUCAAGCAAGCGAUGCUUAGAAUGGUUCUAUGAAUAUGCAGGGACAGAUGACAUUGUAGGCCCUGAAGGAAUGGAGAAGUUUUGUGAAGAUAUUGGUGUUGAACCAGAAAAUGUUGUAAUGCUUGUUCUGGCUUGGAAACUAGAUGCACAGAAUAUGGGUUACUUUACUUUACAGGAAUGGUUAAAAGGAAUGACAUCCCUUCAAUGUGAUGCAACGGAGAAACUACGUAAUACCUUGGACUACUUGAGAUCGUUAUUAAAUGAGCCAACUAAUUUUAAACUUAUUUAUAGAUAUGCCUUUGAUUUUGCACGGGAAAAGGAUCAGAGAAGUCUAGAUAUGAAUACAGCAAAGUGCAUGUUGGGUCUCUUACUAGGGAAAACUUGGCCAUUGUUUCCAGUGUUUCAUCAAUUUCUAGAGCAAUCAAAAUACAAAGUGAUUAAUAAGGAUCAAUGGUGCAAUGUACUAGAAUUCAGUCGAACAAUAAACCUUGACCUCAGCAAUUAUGACGAGGAUGGUGCUUGGCCUGUAUUACUGGAUGAAUUUGUUGAGUGGUAUAAAGAAAAACAGAUGGCAUAAAGCAUUUGCUAUGCAUAGCAGCUGAAGAGUCAUUGUUAACACAUUUCUGUCAACCAUUAGCCAUGAACCGCUGUUUGUAUCAAAGCGCAUGUUGCUUUUUUGCACAGUUAUCCUACUGCUGUAAUUCCUGGGUGUUAGCUGUUUGACAGGCCAUGCUUUUAUGUGUAGCAUUGUUCUCUUUAAAGGCUGCUUUGCAUUUUGUAUUUACACUACAGAUUGGUAAAGUUGCCAAUGUCUUCACUGUGAUAUUGUGUAUAUUUCUGCCCAUUAUUAUAUAUUUUUUUUGUAUAUGCCUGUACAUAAAUGCUUCUCUUAGAGAUAUUUUCUUCUGAAAUGUAUUGUAAAAAAAAAAAUGACAUCCCAGCAAAUUUCUAGUCCCUUAUAUUCCUUUUCAAGGAACCAAAUGGAAACACUUGAUCUUGUUACAAAUAUAUCUGUUGUCCGUUUUAACAUCUCUUUUAAGUCCAGAUUUGUGAUUUUCAAAACACCUAUUCACAAGUAAAUGCAUUAACAUUGUUCUUGUUCAAUAAGUUUUGUUUUUUUUGUGUUGGUAGUAAAACAUUGGGACAUGGUUUAUACUAUAAAGUUAUGUUGGCAUUGGCCUGCAGUGGCUCAGGAUCCUUGUACAGUUUAAAAUAUUUUAUUUUGUCUUUUUUGUGUUUUUUUUCUUCUUGGUCCUUGUAUUAGAACUCUGUUAUGAAGGUUUAAAGCAGAUGUUUUGAAUGCUGCAUCAUUUACUGGAACGUUUUAUUUUAUAUAGAGCAGUGUCACUUUAUGAAUAGACUUUGUUAAUACUUGUCAUGCACCGGUCUUUUUACUAUUAUUAUCUUCAUUAUUAUCACUAGAAUUUUUAAUUGGUUUAAUGAAACUUUCCAAGUUCCAUUACAGCGUUUUGUAGCAACAAAUGUUUUAGGAAGAAUACAAAGAAUUCUCUUGAUUUCAGAUAUGCUCUAGGAUGGAUGAACAGUGAAACAAUUACAAUGUUAUACAUUGAAACAAAUUACAAACACGUGGUUUAAACAUCAGUAGUUAUUGAUUACUGAUACAGAGAAGGAGAUUGUUUAAAGGUUUUCAAAUUGGUGUCAUGCUUUUACACAAUCUCUGUUUAGAAAGCUGCUUGACCUUUGCCCCAAGUGCAUCUUGGGACAUAGAGGAUUUGUAGAACUUGAGAGAGCAUGCUGAUUAGGUAUUUAAGGAGCUGUCAAGAGAAGUGAAACACCAUACAAAACAACAGUCAAAAGUAUAAUCAUUAGUCAGGGUAGAUCAUUUAAAAUAUUGAUGAGUUAUACAGAAGAGUAGCACAUUUGCAAAGAUGGGUUUGUGGCAAGGAUGGAUGGACAUACUACAUUUUCAAAAUGUAAUAACUGCCAUAAAUGUUAUUCAAUAGGACAGUCUUUAAGAGACACUGCUAAGAUCAGCAGGAAUAGGAAAUAAAGUGCCAAUACUAGCA